ACAGUUGACUGAACAUUCGCUGCUACCAGGUGUAGUCUGAGACUAAAAGGAAACCUAACUUUGUUUGGUUUGUGUCUUCUUUGUUAAUUAUUUUCAAUCUCCCGAGUUUAGAUUUCAGUUGCAACAGCUAUGUUCUCCGUCAGUAUAUAACUGGACCUAGGCUCUUCUUCGAUACGCGUUAGUCUGGAGAUAAAGCAAAGACAUUACAGCUUACUAACCAGUGCAUCAGCAAUUCACCAAUUCGAAGCUCUUGAUUGAUCACUUACAUAUUAAGGAAGCUAGGCUUCUGUUCAUCCACCAUCAUUAAGCGCAGCCGUGAUUCAUUCUUUCUUAUACUCAAAAGAUUGGCUAGACGGGACAAAUGCAUCAUGUCUAAUCGGGAUUUUACAAUUAAAGUUGAAAAUUCGCACCCAGACUUGAGCGAUUUUCGUGAUCUUCCCGAUUUCUGUGAAUUUCGGAAUGGAGAUCUAAGCACCCAGCGGAAUGGAGGAAUGGGAGGAGAUGUGCGCUGCGGCAGUGGCGGUGUGGCUAUACCCAUGAGUAAUGGUAUUACUCGAACCAACAACUUUCCACUCAAUGGCAAUGCUAACUACGGAUAUGGCAGUCUAGGAACAGGUCUUGAUACAAUUGGUACCGGUGGUUAUGAUGCAGGUAGAGGUGGAGGUGGAGGUGAUGGUGGUAGUGAUGGAAGAAGUAGUGGGUUAGGAGGAGGUGAUGGCGACGGUGAUGGCAAUGGAGGUGGUCGAGAUCGUAGAGAUCGACGAGAUCGACGAAAGCGUCAGAGUAAGGAUACCGUCUCCAGUGCCGAAGACCGUCCCACUAAACCACUUUCCCCAGGACAACUGAAGAUGAAUGUCAGCAGACCGGUGUAUACUAACCUUGAGUUCAAUCACAAGUAUACGCCGCAUCAAGAACAUAAGACAGCGAGGCAAAGGAUAGAGAAGAGAUUCAAGCAAUUCCACUGUGGGGAAGCCGUAAAAUCAUCUGUUCAGUCGGUGCUACCGGUCUGCAAGUGGUUACCUGCUUAUAAAUUCAGGCAGUGGCUUUCAGCUGAUUUGAUCGCAGGAAUUACUAUGGGUAUCGUCAAUAUCCCACAAGCGUCAAUGUUCAAUAAGAAACCAGACAGACACAUUACAGUAGAAAAAUAA